UGGUCCUAGAAAUAGGAGAGCUCGUGCCCUUCUUUGGCCCUGCCCCUUUCCCUUCGUACCUGCUGAGGGGAGUACCAUCUACCAUGGCCAGAUCCCUCAUCAAAAAGUACAAGUACUCCAGAGGCUGUCUAACUCCAGUCUCCAGAAGGAAAUGCUGUUCCAGCUUCGACUGUGGCCAAAGGAACUACUCUCUGUACGUGAACAGGGUCCUCAAGGAAGUUGUCCCCCAGAACGGCAUGUCAUCUUACACCGUGGACGUCAUCAACAGCCUGGUCAACGACAUCUUUGAGCGCAUUGCUGUGGAAGCCUGCAACAUGAUGUACUUCAGGAACCGCUGCACGCUCACCCCCCAGGACAUCCAGAAGGCGGUGUAUUUGCUCUUGCCCAGGAAACUGGCCAAGUCGGCAGUGACUUUUGGGAGCGAGGCGGUCCACAGAUACGUCCACUACUAACCUGCACGUAUCAGCCGCAAAGUAAAUGUAACUUACUACGCAAAG